GUUUUGAUGAAGUUGACAUCUAAUAAAAAAUCUGCGGGUUUGUCCUAACCUGGAAAAAUCAAGCACCGCAAACGUAACGUAACGACGAAAAAUCCGAAUUCAACCACGCAACUCAGCCGAUGGCCUCCGCUUUCAGCAUCCCCGAAAUCAACCUGAAAUCAGGGUGUGGAAGCAUACCUGUUUUGGGAUUCGGAACGGCGGCGGAUCCCCCUGUCGACUCAGAAACCACUAAGAGGGCUGUGUUAGAAGCAAUUGAGGUUGGUUAUCGCCAUUUCGACACCGCUGCUUUGUAUAAUUCAGAGCAGCCUCUCGGUGAAGCCAUAGCCGAAGCGAUAGGUCGGGGUCUGGCUAAGUCCAGAGACGAGUUCUUCAUCACUUCGAAGCUCUGGUGCAGCGAUGCGCAUCCUCAACAUGUUCUUCCUGCGCUCAAGACAACCCUCAAAAAUCUUGGUAUGAGUUAUGUUGAUUUGUAUCUGAUACACUGGCCGGUGAGCGCUAGACCUGGAAAAAUGGAGUAUCCGAUUAAGGCAGAGGACUUUGUCGCCAUGGAACUUGAGUCAGUGUGGGCAGCCAUGGAAGAGUGCCAGAGAAUUGGCCUCACAAAAGCAAUUGGAGUCAGCAACUUUACCUGCAAGAAGCUCCAGCAAAUCUUGGCUACUGCCAAAAUUCACCCUGCUGUCAAUCAAGUAGAGGUAAACGUGUGUUGGCAGCAAAAGAAGCUGAUAGAAUUCUGCAAGGAGAAAGGAAUUGUUGUGGUUGCUUAUUCUCCUCUAGGCGCAGUAGGGACUUUUUAUGGUACCAAUAAGGUUACAGGAUCCGAAAUGCUAAAGCAAAUAUCUAAGGCCAAAGGGAGAACUGUGGCUCAGGUGGCUCUGAGAUGGGGUUACGAGCAAGGGAUCGGCAUUGUGGUCAAGAGUUUUAACAAAGAGAGGAUGAAAGAGAACAUGGAUAUAUUUGAAUGGUCAUUGAGCAGUGAAGAAGUUGACAGGAUAAGUGAAAUUCCACAGGGCAGAGUAUGUCUCGGAAUUGAUUAUACCUCAGUUUAUGGACCUUACAGGACAAUUGAAGAACUCUGGGAUGGAGAAAUUUGAUUUGAGUUCAAGAACUAGCCAGAUGUUUCUUUUUCUUUUUCUUUUUCUUCCGCGGAAAGUUCAAGACUUUUACUAUUGUUGCCAAUGUAGAGUGCAUUUCCAGACUGCAGUAUAUAAAAUCCAUAUUAUGAGUCUACCA